UCUGAGACCCACGAAUUCACGCUAUUGUAGAUCUACACGCUUCUUAUAUUUCUAUGGUUAGGGGCACUGACUGUAGACACAUUUAAAGAGGAGAGUCCUACAACAUAAUCUGCUGAUCACAAAUAAACACAACACACCAAACCAGUGAAGACUGUAAGGGCUCAAAGAAACAACCUUCGUUUGGUGACCGGUACAGCAGUAUGAGUUCAAAGGACGGCACUGGUGUGCAAAAAUCCGAAACAGACAAACCCAAAGCUACAGGUAGUGUCAGUGAAAAGUUGUUAUGUCACUAUUUGCAACGUAUCUUUCCUGAAUCGAGUAAACCCGGACCAGCGUCUGCAGCACACAGAAAAACACUGUCGUUCGAAAACCUUGGAGAUCAUCUGGAGAAACUGUUGACUGAGGAUGAUCUUCCUGAGGACGGUCGAGAUCAGGUGGAAGGCUGUCUGGGACCUAAGACUGUUGUUCUGGAUCACAGCAGUGGAUUUGAAGGGCUGCUAUUUGUUGACGAUGACCUCUUAGGGGUGAUCGGCCACAGCAACUUCAGUUCAAUCAGAGCCACCACAUGCGUUUACAAAGGGAAAUGGGUCUACGAAGUCCUCAUCUCAUCUCAAGGAUUGAUGCAGAUUGGCUGGUGCACAAUAAACUGCAGGUUCAACCAGGAGGAGGGAGUUGGGGACACGCCAGACUCGUACGCCUAUGACGGGAACAGAGUUCGCAAGUGGAACGUUUCAACCACCAACUACGGCAAGUCUUGGGCUGCUGGAGAUAUCGUCAGCUGUCUGAUAGAUUUGGAUGAAGGAACAAUCACAUUUUGUUUGAAUGGACAGUCUCUUGGUGUGGCAUUCAGUAAUAUUAAGAUGGGGCCCAGCAUAGCUUAUUUUCCUGCCAUCAGUUUGUCUUUCAAGGAGUCUGUAGCAUUCAACUUCGGCAGCCGUCCUCUCAGGUACCCUGUGGAGGGUUAUCGUCCACUACAAAACCCACCAACCUCUGACCUCAUCAAAGCAAACAGACUUCUGGGAUACAUCAAGACUCUUCUGUCCACCACCAUUGACACACAGGAGGAAAAGGUUGUUGAGAGCAACAGUGCAUCAUGGCAGCUUCAUGGCGAUUCAACGGUCCUGAUGACCCUUGCACAUAUAUUUAACCAUUUUUCACCUCUUAUGUGUAAAGUUUAUUUGGUGGAGGACGUGUUGAUGAAGUUCUUGUUGAGUAUACUUGAAGGUGGAGGAUCGGUUGAAGAGCAUCCGCUUAUACAAGAACUGCUCGACCUGUUUUGGCUGCUCAUGGAGGACUAUGAGGUGAACGAGUGUUUAAAACAGCUGAUGAUGUCACUGCUGAGAGCGUAUCGCUUUUCUCCCAUCAUUCCUGAUUUGGGAUUUCAAAUUCAUUACCUGCGUCUUACCACUGCAAUCCUCAGUCACGAGAAGUCCAGGAAGUACUUGCUCGGCAACGUCUUGUUCGAUGUGCUGCGAUCUGUGGUCUUCUUUUACAUCAAGACUCCUCUGAGGGUGAACGAGGCGGGGCUAGAGGAACUGAUCCCAACCACAUGGUGGCCAACACGCUUCGACAAAGAGGGUAAAGAUGAGAGAGAUACACGAGAAGAGACAUCUGAGGAGAGGCUGAGACGGCGGGCGUACGAGCGAGGCUGUCACAGGCUAAAGAAAAGGAUUGAGGUUGUGGAGGAGCUACAAGUUCAGAUUCUCAGACUGAUGUUAAACAACAAGGACAAAGGAACGGAAACGGGGGAAGCUUCCCGAUACAUUUUCCUUAACAAAUUCCGCAAGUUUCUGCAAGAGAACGCCAGCAAUCGAGGGAACCCCACAGUUUUAUGUCCUCCUGAAUACAUGGUGUGCUUUCUACACCGGUUGAUCACGGCCAUCAGGAGCUACUGGGAUGAAGGGAGGAUAAAAUGUCCUGGAUCCAUCAGCAGUGAAGACGCCUAUGUUCCCCCUCAGCUGUUUUACAACGGGAAGGUGGAUUACUUUGAUCUUCAGAGGCUCGGUGGACUUCUUUCGCAUUUGAAGAAAACACUCAAAGAUGACUUGGCAUCAAAGGCCAACAUCAUCAUAGACCCGGCGGAGAUCCAAGCCACCUCCAUGGAUGACCUGGAUGAAGAUGAGGAGUCGGGAGCUGCACAGAGACCAUCUGGCGCCAUUGGUGGUGCAACGGCUCGUCCCAGCUGGUUGAGCUCCCCUACGCUGGGCCGGGCCAACCGGUUCUUCAGCACCACCACCGUCAGCCUCAUGACCCCCCGACGACCACUCGCCCCACCUGAGAAGGUUAAAGUCCGGACGCUUGUAGUAGAACAAAGAACCGAGGAAGACAUUGAGGGAAGCCAUAGUAACGACGGACUGUUGCUGGGGCGACCGUUAGAAGAGACCGAUCAGCCAAUCGCGGAAAAGUCUCUUCUGGAAAUCCUGGAUGGAGUUGUGAUGAUGUAUAAUUUAAGUGUUCAUCAGCAGCUCGGCAAGAUGGUGGUCAUAUCUGAUGAUAUUCAUGAAUACACAGUUGCCCUUAAGGACACAGAGGAUAAGAUCGCCCAAUGCUCAAGCAAAAAAGCGGAUAUUCUAGAGGAGUUGCAAAAGAGCCAAAGAGUGUUUGCUGAAAAGUUAAACCACUUGAGUCGCAGGCUGGCCUGGAUCAACGUCACCAUCUUUUCCAAGGAGAAGAUGUUGGAUGUGUACUGGCUCCUACGGGUAUGUAUCCGCACCAUCGAGCAUGCGGACAACACAGGCUCCUUGUUCGCAUUCAUGCCAGAAUUCUACCUCAACGUGGCCAUGAACAGCUACAGCGCCCUCAAGAACUACUUUAGCCCAUCCAACUGCAUGGAAGAACUGCCAGGCUAUGAGGACACGCUCACACAGCUCGCUGCCAUUCUUUCCAAACACUUUGCAGAUCCGCGGAUCGUUGGUACAGAUAUUAAAGAUUCUCUGAUGCAGGCUUUGGCCAGUUAUGUGUGUUAUCCACAGUCCCUGAGAGCCGUCGAGAGGAUCCCAGAGGAUCAGCGGAUGGCUAUGAUGAGGAACUUACUGGCUCCAUAUGAACAGAGACCCUGGGCUCAAACCAAUUGGAUUCUGGUUCGUCUCUGGAGGGGUUGUGGCUUUGGCUACAGGUACACUCGCUUGCCUCACCUGCUGAAGACCAAACCCGAGGAUGCCAACUUACCCAGCCUGCAGAAGCCAUGCCCAUCACUUCGGCUCCAGAAACACAUGGCCGAUCUCCUCAGUCAAGACAAAGACAUGGCUGCCAGUUUCCUCAACAGUGUCCUGAACCAGCUUAACUGGGCUUUCUCCGAGUUCAUCGGCAUGUUACAGGAGAUCCAGCAAGCAGCGGAGCGACCGGAAAGGAAUUUCGUGGACACGCGGCAGCUGAAAGUGUGCGCGACUUGCUUUGACCUGUCUGUAAGUCUGCUGCGGGUUCUAGAGAUGACUGUUACUCUAAUACCGCAGAUAUUUCUGGACUGGUCCCGCCCCUCUGCUGAACUGCUGCUUCGACGAUUGGCUCAGCUACUGAACCAGGUGCUAAAUCGGGUUACUGCAGAAAGAAACCUGUUUGACCGAGUGGUCAACUUGCGCCUCCCAGGUCUGGAAAGUGUUGACCAUUAUCCCAUCCUUGUGGCUGUUACAGGGAUUUUAGUGUCUAUUCUUGUAGACUCGGACAAACAAGGGAUCUCACGGGCUACUGUAGUGCUGCUGUCAGAUCCUUGCUUCCAGCUUCGGUCCAUCCAGUAUCUUCUCGGAGAAGGAGAAUCUGGAGCCACGAGCACUGAAAGCAAGCACUUUUCUCUGCACACAUACACGGACUACAUCAGCGCAGAAGAAAAGCAGAAGGUAGAACAGAUGCUAGCUUUCCUGACGGAGGAGUCUAAACAAGCGGCAGCCAGCACAGCACCAACCAGUGAGGAGGAUCUCUGCCCUAUCUGCUAUGCACACUCGAUAUCAGCCAUCUUUAAGCCCUGCUCUCACAAAUCUUGCAAGGCCUGUAUCAAUCAACACUUGAUGAAUAACAAGGACUGCUUCUUUUGCAAGGCCACCAUCACUGGAGUAGAUGAUUACACUAUACCAGGCCUCUCUUAGCAUGUGCUACACACACACACAUUUGGGUACUCAACAUGAACAUGACUUUUCCAAAAGACUCUCUAAAAACACACAUGCGCAGACUAGGCAUCCACCACACCCUUGAAAAGUCACUUCCGUGUUCGUUCUCCAUCUGUUCGAUUUGGCAGUGAACCCCUCUAGUGAAUUUUGUCCUCUGGCAAAUGGACAGAGGCCUCGCAAGAUGGCAAUCGUUUCCAGGUGUCACUGUGAUGAACGGCUGAGGUCACGUUUGGAGUUGCUGUCUUAUAGGAAAGCAGUCCAAUGCUGAAUCUAAACGAUCUGAGGACAUCAAGGACGCUUGGAUACCGGAAAUGACAAAUUCUGGAUUAGAUGGAUGUCCUGGUGUCCCUCUCAUACCUCUGUCACAAUAUCACUUCAUCUUUUGUCGUCGUUUUUGCUCCUCUUGGCCUGUCUCUAUGUUUUAUUACUAUCUCUUCUUGUGUCGUCUCAUCACAAACACUUGAUAUAACAGGAUAUCGUAUCAAUCAGGAAAGCGGAUAUAAACUUGGUACUAGUGUACGCCUUUAAAUCAUUAUGUGCAUUUGGUAAUGUUUUUAUAUUCUAUACUGACAGCCAUAUUUGACACACUGUAGAGCAGAACCUACAUGUUUGUGGACAUCAAAAUAUUACAUACAUUAGUAAGAAUAUAUGUAAUAACAUUUUAUUAAGGAUUUAUAACACAUCACAGAGUAUAAGAAUUAAUUGUAUGUGUACAGUUUUGAUCGAUUUACAUCGAUACAUAAAUCGGUUCACGCCUGAGAGAAAUGCUUUUAAUUUUACUUGUAAAGAAAGUCAGAUUUAGUGUUUGAUCUGGUCAAGUUACACUCUCCCCAGCAACAACUUUUACGUUUUUUAUAAUAGCAUAAACUUGAUGGUCUCAUUUCCCAUAAUGUUCUUUGAUUCUGUGAGAUUAGGAGUGCAUAGACUGCUGUUUGUAUUACAUCAACAGACAUCAAGAUGUAAGUGCUUUGCUCUUGUGUACAUGGGGUUUGAUUACCCAGAAUCCUUUGCUAAUGGAUUUUAUUGCGACUGCACUCAGAAUCCAUUGCUUAGCCACAGUUCCCUUCAAAAGAUAUUCAGCCAUGACAACUGCAAUUUCCUAGACCACAUGAAAGUAUAGUGAUUUGAAAAGCCAUACAUUAUUAGACCAGGGGCAUGCACUGUACCAUGAAGUCAGUUUAGUUGUCCAGUCGGUUAGUUUGUGCCAGUUCUGGGUUUUAGCAAGGCUUAAAGGUCCCAUUUUUCCAGUGUUUUCGAAGCUUUGAUUGGGUGUAAGUUGCGCAAUAUAACGUGUUUAUGUUUCGUGUGUAAAAAAACGCAGUAUUUUUUACACACUGUACCAUGAAGUCGGUUUAGUUGGCCAGUGGGUUAGUUUGUGGCAGUCCUGGGUAUUAGCUUGGCUUUAAAGGUCCCAUUUUCCUGUGUUUUCGAAUUAGGACUGUCACAAUGGUGAAAUAAUGAUCUCAUCGCAAUUGUUUGACCUCAUUGUGAUGAUUUUAGAUCACCGCAAUGAUUGCACAUCUCUUUAAAAACACAAGGGGGAGCUGCAGAGCCUGUAUAAACGAAACAGUAUCAGAUGGCGCCCCUUAACUGACAGUGUGAUGCGAUACAUUGCAAAGCCAUUCAGUACAGUGGAAAAAACAGCAAUUAAACAAGUGCUGCAAAACUAAGCAGUACGAACUGCCAGGUAAAACAUACAUUUCUGAAACGGCAAUUUCAAAUUUAGGGAAGUGAAGGAUGCUAUUCUUAAGGAUCUGUAAGGAAUUGAUUUUUUUGCAGCCACUACAGACAUAAGACAAAAGAUUUAAUUUAAAUAAUCACAACAAUGUGUGAAAAUUAUUUCAUGAACAAACAAAAAACAGACAAUUAAUCGUCAUAAGCAUCACAAUUUAUUAGACAAUUAACCAUCAGCCAAAUUUCAUAAUUGUGACAGCCCUAUUUCGAAGCUUUGAUUGUGUUUACGUUGCGCAAUAUAACAUAUGUUCAUGUUUAGUGUGUAAAAAAACGCGGUAUUUUUCACACACUGUACCAUGAAGUCGGUUUUAAAGGUCCUAUUUUCCUGUGUUUUCGAAGCUUUGAUUGGUUUUACAUUGCGCAAUAUAACGUGUUCAUGUUUCGUGUGUUAAAAAAACACAGUAUUUUUCACACACUGUACCAUGAAGUCGGUUUAGUUGGCCAGUCGGUUCGUUUGUGCCAGUCCUGGGUUUUAGCUAGGCUUUAAAGGUCCUAUUUUCCUGUGUUUUCGAAACUUUGAUUGUGUUUACGUUGCGCAAAAUAACGUGUUCAUGUUUCGUGUGUAAAAAAACGCAAUCUUUUUCACACACUGUACCAUGAAGUCGGUUCAGUUGGCCAGUCGGUUAGUUUGUACCAGGCCUGGGUUUUAGCUAGGCUUCAAAGGUCCCAUUUUUCCUGUGGUUUUGAAGCUUUGAUUGGGUUUACGUUGCACAAUAUAACGUGUUCAUGUUUUGUGUGUAAAAAAACAUUUUUUUUCACACACUGUACUAUGAAGUUGGUUUAGUUGGCUAGUUUGUGCCUAGUCUCAGUCUCAGACGUCACGCCCACUUAACUGGAAACCCUGUGAGAAGGUCGAAGUCGUCUUCUGACAUGUUGAAAUAAACCGGAAUUCCGGGAGACAGGAGUGUCGCGAUUAUUCUUGGUCAUCAUUUCUUUAUCAUCAUGAAAAUACCUAAAACGAUCUGAAGAAUGGCGAUAUAAAUAUUCUUCUAGACAUUUCCUGGAAUAGUUUUUGUAAUGCUACUUCUUCUGUGGCACAAUUGGAGUUUCUGCACGAGAGCGCCCUCUGGCUUUUGGAUGUGCCCGGAUUUCACCGUAAUUCAUUCAAAUUCAUUUAUUGAGAAAACGUGCAUUUGCACGAUUAUUCGUUACAGCCCUACUUGUAGGUGUUAAAAAGUGGAGAGAUAUGCUUUAAAGGUCCCAUUUUCCUGUGUUUUCGAAGCUUUGAUUGUGUUUACGUUGCGCAAUAUAACAUGUGUUCAUGUUUCACGUGUAAAAAAACAUGGUAUUUUUCAAACAAAUUACUUCUCUGUAUACUGUUUUACCGUCUUAAAAACGGGCUGAUGUCUUCCUUAUUCUAUGAAGUCCUUCCUUCAGAAAUACGUAAUAAGUUCUGAUUGUGUAGCUGGUCCAGUGUGUUGUGAUUCGACAGCAGCUUAGCGCACGUUGUCUGGAAAGUCACACUAGAUUUAGGAAUCUGUCCUCAGCAAAGGCCAAAUAAAGGGGAUUUAACUUUUUUGGCAUAUUGGCACAUAUUUUUGGGAAGUAGAAUGCUGUAGUCCAAGCUUUAUCAUUUUGCAGGCAUUAUUUAUGCUCUAACAGCAACCUUACACACACUAAAGUUUUUAAAAUGUGAAAAAUGUUUUAAAAAAUGGUACCUAAACGCUGUAUUCAUUGUCAUAGGAACUUACACUACACAGCUAACCAGGUUAUGUUCAAGAUCAGUGAUACUGAGAUACAAAUUCGCAAUUCGUGCUGCAAUGCUUUCUUUCUAAUCAUGUUUACAUUUACACACAAACCCUUAAGAAAAUGAACCAUGGUUUAUUAUAGUAAUUGGUGGAUUGAUUACCAUUUCUGUAUAGGUAGUAAGACCAUGGUAAAUGUGUUGGUUACUACAAAUAAAAAAAACUGGUGUGUUAUAUGAUUAAUUGUUAGAUAAGCACUUAUGCUACGUACACACCAAACGGGUAGCAUCGCUCUAGAUUACUCGCGGAAUUUAACUUUGUCUCAUGCAAAUUUUUCAAUUGAGUUGAAUAUUUUAAACUGGCGCGAAGGCGCGUUUGAUGCGAAUAGCGCAUGUUUUAGCUGCAAUCGCCGCAACCCAAUUCGCAUCAUUUGCAUCGUCCCGCGCGAGAACGCGUCUGAUCGUGUCUUUGUAUUGACUUUGUAUGUAAUCUACUCGUGCAAAACGUUGAACUCGCGUUUGGUGUGUAUGCCCCAUCAGAUUUUUUUAGAUACAUUAUAUAUAUUAUAUUACUAUAGUAUUAUACAUAUUUGUUCAACAUGCACAUUAACACAAUUAUCAUCUAUCGCAAACUUUCUCAAAUAGUUCUCUCUUAUGCUGCAUACACACCAAAUGCGAAACAUUUCGUUCCUUGCUCUAGGUUAGUCGUGGGAUUUAACUUUGGGUCAUGCGAAUUUUCCACUUAAGUUGAAUAUUUUCAACUUGCGAGGAAGGCGCGUUUGAAGCGAAUAGCGUGUGUUUGCGGCAAUCACAUUGCCCUACGCUAGUUUGCAUCUAUUCGCAUCUUUGCAUUGACUUUGUAUGUAAUUUACUCGGGCAAAUAGUUACAUAUGCUUUUGGUGUGUGCGCCCCAUUACUUUGACAACGGUACAGAUAAUUAUGAUUAUGAAAUAAUAACUGGGAAUAUAUGGGACUCACGUGAUGGGUUGUUUGGUGUCGAAGUUUAAUAUCAAAGCCUGAGUUGAUAGAGACAUGUGAUCAUCAGGUACCUGGGGCCUCAUUUAUUUAUUAUUUGAUCGUAAAGUGUGCAUGCGCAAAAAUCCAUAUUUAUAAAAACUGUCUUUGACGUGGAAAAGUGCUUAGCGCCACGUCAGGGUCUGAACAGACGUACGCACUUUUGCUUGUCCGAUUGCUGCAGGUUUUUGGAAAUAAAAGCCAUUCUUGCUGCUCGUAAAGGGUUUAAACGUUGAUAAGCGCUCUUUUUUAUGUCUAUGACAUUAAUUAGGAAUCAUUUAAAGACGGAGAUCUGAAACUGCUCAGCUUCGCACAAGUUCAACUUCAUUUGCGAUUUAUAGAUUUCACAUCUGAAAGAAAUGGGUAUGCA